AUGAAAGGGGUGCUUACGCUUCACCUAUGGAAUCCACCACCGCGCUUCCACACUCUCUCUCUUCCAUCUCACUCCUUCCCCCUCCCUCUCUCAAUCUCCGCCUGUUCUUCCGACACCCAACAACAACAAGACCUCCUCACUGCCAAAGAGAAAAGGCGCUUAAGAAACGAGCGAAGAGAGAGCAAGAACACAACCAAUUGGAGAGAAGAGCUAGAAGAAAGUUUCAUUAAGAAGACUAAGAAGGAGAAAAAGUCAUGGAUGGAUGAACUCAACCUUGAUAAUCUCAUGAAAUUGGGUCCUCAAUGGUGGGUUUUACGCGUUUCGCGUGUUGGGGGUCAGUAUACUGCGGAAGCGCUCGCUCGUUCGUUGGCCAAGUUUUUCCCUGAUACAGAUAUUAAGGUAUAUGCUCCAGCUAUCCAUGAAAAAAGGAAAUUGAAGGAUGGUUCCAUCUCCGUAAAACCAAAGCCUCUUUUUGUGGGUUGUAUUUUUCUGAGAUGUGUAUUGAACAAAGAAUUGCAUGACUUCAUAAAGGAGUAUCCUGGUGUUGGUGGCUUUAUUGGAACCACGGUUGGAAAUACAAAGAAAACGAUUAAGAAACCAAAGCCAGUAUCUGAGGAUGAUAUGGAAGCAAUCUACAAACAGGCAAAAGUGGAGCAAGAAAAUGCUGACAAAGCAUUUGAGGAAGAACAAAAAAAAACUGCUGUAAUCUCUGCGAAUCCGAAUUCAGAUAUAGACUCAGAUGUUUCAAAAGCUAUUGUUGAUUCUAAGCCCAAAAGAGGAUCUAGAAAAACCUCUAACAAACUCGCAGUCACAGAAGUCACAGAAGAAGCUUCAUCUGUUAAAAAAAACGUUAAACUUACCAAAGGUUCCACAGUUCAAAUUAUAUCCGGAUCGUUUUCAGGUUUUGCAGGCACCCUCAAGAAGCUGAACCGCAAAACCAAAAUUGCGACGGUGCAUUUAGCCAUAUUCGGGAAAGAAAACAUAGUUGACUUAGAUGUUAGUGAAAUCGCUCCAGAGACUAACUAA